GGCAAAGUGAAAUCAAGCCGCGGACACGGACACGAUCUAGUCCCCGCCUUUCAACUUAAAUUAGUGGAAAAAUCGGCGUCGCGACCCCCCGCGCGGAGCCGGAGUCGCUCGCCCGUCCCCCGGAGAGGAGCCAUCCGUGGCCCGACGCCUUCGAGUCGGCUUCCGAGCACUUUUUGGAGACGGGCGGAAAGUCGGUGAUGAGUCCCGGGCUGCCAAAGAAGCGAGAACUUGCUUUCCGAGCCGAGUAGUUCUUCUUCGGCUUGUUAUUAUUGCCCCAAUUGCCCCAAAGUUGGCUUCGUUGGCGUCGAAAGUGGGGGCAAAGUGCUUUUGUGGACGGAACAUGGAAGUACAAGGCCUGCAAGAGGCGCUCCAAGUGGAAAUCCAAUGUCAUCAGAAUCAGACGCUGUGCAAAGGCCUGAAUGAACUUCAGAACGGGCAGAAGCUGGCGGUGCGGAGUUGCCCGGCGGGCGCCGCCAAGCCGCUGUCCCUCAUCAAGCCCCCGAGCCAGGGCAUCGCCAUCUCCGUGGUCCCGGCUCCCGUCGCCGUGGUAACGGCGCACAUCAACGGGCAGAAGACGCCCGGCUCGGAUCCGCCGCAGACGUCGCCCGUCGACCUGCAGACGGCGGGCAGGGCGGCGUUCGGGGUCGGCGCCCGCCCGCCGGGCGGCAAGAGGGCCCCGGAGCUUCCCGCCGCGCAGAUGUUGGGCCCGCUCCCGUCCGUCCCCGUCAAGGUGCCUCAAGUCAGCUCGCUGCACCGACUGGCCGGUCAAGCCGCCAGCGUUCUCCCUCAGGUGCUGGCGCUCGCGACAAACGUCAGGCCAAAGUCGCUGAUUCCGGACAGCCUCCCCCGCAGCCUGUGCCGGGACCCGCCGCAGCCGCGGCCCACCUCCGCGCUCAACCGGCCGGCCCCCACUCUUCCCACCCCGAACUGCACCCUCGGCCCCCGCCGGCAGCCUUACGACGACGACGCCGCCGGCGAGGCGGCCGGCCCCGCCCAGCACGCCUCGGCGGGGGCCGGCGUGGCCUACGCCAUCAUCGCCGCCUCGCCCGGCAACGGCAACGGUGUGGCCGCCGUCAGCGAGGCGGUCAAGGUGAUCAUCAUCCAGCCUCAGGCCCCCGGCAGCAGCGAGGGCGGUUCGCUCCCUCUCCCGUCGCGUGAGCCCCCGCCCGCCCCCGGCAAGAAGAUCGAGGACGACCCGGAGAAAAUUUCUUUCAUGGUCUCGCUCGGGCUCGUCACCAACGAGCACCUGGAAGAAAUUCAGCUGAAGAGGCAGGAAAGAAAAAGGCGAAGCACAGCAAACCCCACCUACAGCGGCCUCUUUGAGCCCGAGCGCAAACGUCUGGCGACGCAUUACCUAAACGGGCCGCUCUUCUUGUCGGCACGAGACUCUGAGGAUUUCUGCUGGAAGGAUGACGUGGAACAGGACGAGCGCUGCGCCGUGUGCCGCCGGGACGGCGAGCUGCAGCCGUGUCACAACUGCCCGCGAGCCUUCCACCCGGACUGCCUCCAGCCGCCGCUCAAGACCCCGCCCGGGGGACCCUGGUACUGCCCCAAGUGCCACAAGAAGGUUCUGAACAAGGAGAACAUGUCGUGGCCUCACAACUUUGUGCAGUCUUACGUCACGCACAAGACAGUGCGUCAGGAGGAGAAGCGGCGGCUGCUGCGACGGAACGGGGAGCUCAAGAAGGAGUUCGCUCACCUGGAGGCGGAGGACGACGAGCUCAACAAGACGCUCAAACGCUGCCUGGACCGGCGAGAUCGUCUGGCGGCGCGGCAGCGGGACACGCUGGCGUCGCUGGAGCGCCUCAAAGCGCUCAUCAAGCUCAUCCAGGUUACCGUGACGACCGCCUCCUCGCCGUCCCGAAUGAGUAGCGGCGGGCCGUCGACCUCGCCUCUCCGGCCCCGUCGAGACCACGCGGCCGACUAGCCCCCGCCCCCGCCGCCCCACCCGGCGGUCGGCCGGUGAAUAUUUUGACCUGUGACGACGGAAGUGCUUACGAGAUUAGUUUUGGUUCUUGUUUGUCGGCCUUAAACGUGUUCUACUUGCCACACACGAGCAGCUUUUUUUCUUUUGCCAAAAUGAUUCAGGAAGUAUUGAGAGAAGAAAGUAUUUAAGAGCAAAGUACACCGACGACGUAGUAUUUCAUUGUACAUAAAGACGUCGACGGCGGACGCUGAGCCCCGCAGAAUCAAAGCGAAACUUUGGACUCGGUCGGCCCGCCCGUCCGUGCGGACUUUGCGUCAUCUCCCCGCGUUCCGGUGGGCGACGGCUCGUCUUUUCGGCGUCGGGAAGCGGACCUUGCAAACGGCGACGAGUUUGUCUGUUGAAAACGGAAGGCGAUUUCGUCAACGGUCGCCUUGGAAGGAACCGGACCGGAGAGAGCCGGUCGAAUUUUGGAACGUGCCGUGCCGUGCCGUGCCGUGCCGUAAAUGAAAUGAUGUCGUUUGGUUCCGGUUUGACCGAGUCGCUCCCCAGCGCCGACCGGUCCAGGGCGUCGUGAGGAGAAACGAGACGGACGAUUGGCCAGAUGCAUUCACGUGACAAAUAUGCCAAAAAGUCUUUUCUACGCUUUAAUUUCCUUUUUCUACUGGAAUUGGCCGUUUCCUUUGUUUGGUUUUUGGGCGAGCCGCAGCCACACUGCCUACCUUGAGCGCUCGCUCGUCUUCCUGCCGCUUCCCGGAACAAAAACGCCUUCGUCGUAUCGGCGCCCCCUGCAGACCGGCGGCCGGCAAACCAGCAGCCCCCCCCCCCCCCCGCCCCCACCCCCCACCUCACGCACGCGGCGCGGUCUUGCCGGGGAGAAACCGCGGCAUGAUGGAACAGAUCUAUUUUAUUAGAGCACACCUUUGAACAAAGAACACUUCAAAAGGGUUUUCUAUUCUUUUAUUGAGCAACAAAAACAAUAGAUGUCUUUUUUUUGUUUGAUUUGUGUCGAUGCCACCGCGGGAAAUUGUGACUAGCGAGUAGACUUGAGUGUUUUGUCUUCAAUAUGCCAACGUAGUAGUUCACCUUUUUCUACCGACUUCGUACAAAAAAACAACAACAAAAGAUUCCUUAAUAAACAUUUGAACUACAAAA